GCCCAAGCCCACCCUGCCCCGCCAAUCAGGUAAUUAUGCAAGGGGACAAAACUGGCAACCGGUUGUCUAAAUGCCCACACACAUGCCCACAUCCCUUGGAGAUUCUCACUUGCCAGCUCACACUCGGCGUCUUUGCGGAGACAGGGACAGACACAUGGGAAUAUGCGAGUAGAACUUUCUUCUCUUAAGAAGUCGGCAUUGCCCUGACUGUGAAAAUGCGGGCGUCGUCAGCUCGAUCAUCAUGCUGUUCUGCGCAGUCAAAGUUUCGGCUCAAAGUAACUUGUAUGCUUCAUCAAGCGCUCUCUCUGUAUACGCCAUGUGGUUUCAUCUCGAAUAAUCUCACGAGGAGCGACCUCCAAACUCCUGCUCUCUCUUUCCCCUUCUAUUCUCUUGCUUUUUUCUCGAAAUUUUUAUAUUUAUUUUCUUCUUUUUACCCAUGGAACCGGCCAUCAUACACGUGGACAUCCAAGAAUCCAAGAAAUCCAGGGCGGCAACCUGCAGACGGAACCAAAGAAACCCAGACGCCACAACCCGACAUUGCACCAUUAUCCAAGAUUGAGACCCCCCUUCAGAAUUGUUCCAGAAAGACCAUAGACCUCAAAAUGCACCCGAAGCGAAGUGAUUUUCCGCCCGAGUUUAUCUGAUCUACUGUUGCAUCGGCGCUCGUGAGUUCCUGCGGCCGCAUUGAGCCGGGAGAUAUGCCUCUCAUGAAUGAGAUGAACGGGCGUUAACGUUAUUUUAUACCU